CCGCGGUGACAACAGAGAUGGCCAUUGUGUAGCUUUUACCUUGACAACAAACAAACUUUUUGUGUACCUUCGCAAGCGUCAAUUCUGAAGCAAACAUAUUAUAUUCACACCGACAGAAAUAGUAUAAUAUAAUUAUGUGCGUAUUUUCUUGAGGGAAAGAGAUGAUCGUGAUAUACAUGGUUUUUAUGAAAGAGUGAAUUUGUGGAUUUUAACUACUAUAACCACUACACAUAUAUAUCGUUGUCUGACCUUCGUCGCUGUCUGCUCGUCUGUAAGAUAAGCCUUCUCUUAGUUUCCUGUUUAACCUUAUCAUAUUAUACGUCAUCCAACUAUACCGUUGCUGUUUACCUUGUUAUCUCAAUUGUGUGGGAGUGUCGUAUCGCUGAGGCGUAGUUCGCACUGUUUAUAUGUAAACUAGCAAUUCUAUUUCUAUUGUUUUAUGAAAGGUGUGAGCUGCCAAAUUAAUUGGAAGUAGGAACUGUUAGCAUAUAGUAUAACUAUAAUAGAAUAUCUUGCUGUGAGCGUAAGUUAACGGAAGCCACAAUGUUAAGUGGGAAGAAAAGAUGUUCAAAGCAGAAAGACAAGCAAAGAUAUUUGGAGAGAAAAACUGCUCAACAAAGCACACACAUCAUGGAUCAGUAUUAUGAUACUGAUGUCUAUAAAGAUGGCUCCACUCCACUAAAUAAGACAAAGCGUGCAGUUACUUCACAAGAAAAGACUGAGAAGUCAGACCAACAGCCAACCAAAUUUCCGACUUCUAGUGAGCGUGGAUCAUCUUUUCCUCAAAAACAAUCUCCAUGUUUUUCUACUGGUGCCUUCUUACCUUCUGUAGGCUCUCAAUUAGCCAAGAGAAGAUCAACUCGACACUCAUCUUCCUUACCUGGACAAGCUCAUUCUUUCACAUCUUCUGUGGACAGAAAAUUCCAAAAAGUUGCUAUACCUACACCACCUGUUUCUCUUUCAUCUCAACUAACACCAAACAAACUCACUUCACAGUGUUCUUCGACUGCAUCUAAAGUUGUACUUACCAAAAUCAUGUCUCUGAAUAUGCCAGGUCUAAAAGUUAAUCCAACCAAAUCACAGGCAUCAUCUUCUAACCUAUAUCUGUCUACUGCAAAAAGGAAGAAAAGGAAAUUAUGCCCACAGACAAGCAAUGAUUCCAUCUCAUCUCGUGCAAAUAAAAGAAUUCGUCUCCAACAUCAGCCAUUCCAAUCUCCUCCUCUUGAUUCACAACAUGAUACUGCUAAAUCUUCAGAUGACAAGGUUGUGUUCUUCAAGAAGGGAGAAUUCCUAGCUGUGCGCAAUGAAAACGAUGGAUUUUUUGUUUGUCGUGCAUCUCAGAAUGUGUUCAAGAGCACUAAAAAAUUCAAAAUCCAGUGGCUAAAUAAUGACAACAAUGCUAGUGUUUAUUCUCCAGAUUUCUUUGACUUCACUAAUUUUGAAUGCAUACUGACAAACGUAAGAAUGAAACGCAUAGCAAAAAACAGGUUUUUCCUUCCAAAUGAUGAAAAAAAGCGCACAUUGAACAUUCUGAAAGAAGCUAUAAAUGUAGAACAUUGCAUUGAUACUCCAGAUCCAAGCAAGCUUAAAACGGAUAGAGCAUUGUUACUUUUCUCAGGCUUUAUUUCAACCACUGAAGAGGAAGAUCUAGCUAGUCAGAAAAGUGUAGCAACUCCCAAAACCCACAAACCUAGCAUGCAUAAAGACCAAGGGCGAUCUAAAAAGGACAAAGUGGGGAAAAAAUCAAAAACUAUUAAAUCUGUUAAAACAAGAUCCAGAGAACCAGCUAAAACACAAUUCAGAAGUGCUUCUGGGAAAAAAUCAAAAACUAUUAAAUCUGUUAAAACAAGAUCCAAAGAACCAGCUAAAACACAAUUCAAAAGUGCUUCUGGCAAGGAAGAAGAAAAGAAUGGCCAUAAAAUUUCCUUACCAUUAAAACAAAAGUCCAAAGUUCCAAAAGAACAAUUGAAGCCCAACACAAAGAUUAAUGUUCAGGAAAAGAACCCAAUGUUUGAAUCAGAGGAACCUCUACCCUUUGUGUCUUCUGUAACUUAUAGUAAAUUGCUUAUUCGAGCAGUUCGAUUGAAGGAUCAUUGUCUGCUCCAAACGUUGUUGUCUGACAAGGAACAUAUUUGUUCGUUCAUGUUACAACAGAGCAAAGAUGUUUGUAAAGAUGCAUUGACCUAUGCUGUGAUCCAAGAGGAUCAUCAGGCCAUAAGAAUGAUACUAUCGGCUGAACACAAAAAUCUUAUUCCCUUUCCGGAGAUUUUGUUGUCAAGUGCAGAAACUGGCAG